UUGAUAUAGUGUUUAAUUACUUUAUUAUCUUCUUAAUCAACAACAAAGAACACGGCGUGAUUAUAAGCGUUGUCAUUGACUAGACACGAAUAAUUUAUUAGGACAAACAAACGCUGAUCAGUUGUUUUAGUAAUUCUGACACGACCUGAAAGCAGGCCUAUUUUGUAAUCUGCACUGUGGGCGUUAUAAAUGAGCUCAUAUGUUAUUGUGUUAAAUGAACGUUAAACAGUUUUAACACGGAAGAACAUAUGGCAUAAUUAAAGGGAGCUUGAGGGAUCAGUAGUUUCAUUUGUCCCGAACACUAGUCUGUGAAUGGCUGGAGAAAAGUGUGCCUCUGAUGAUAAGCAGGAUUCUUCUGAAGACUGCAGGGAAGAGACUUGUAUUUUCUGUAAAAUCGCAAACAGAGACGAUCCAUCCACUGAGAUAUUGGCGGAAGAUGAGGACAUUGUUUGUUUCCAAGACAUUGAUCCAGGUGCACCUCAUCACUACCUGGUUAUACCAAAGAAACAUAUCCAUAGCUGUUUGUCACUCCAAACAGAUGAUAUAAAUCUUGCAGUGAAGAAGAUGGCAUAUAUGGGAAGAGAUGUACUGAAAGCCAAGAAUGUCACAAAUUUGGAAGACAUCAGUCUAGGUUUCCAUGUGCCUCCAUAUAUCACUGUCCCCCACCUGCACCUCCAUGUUCUAGCACCUUUUAGUCAGCUGUUUAGAUGGGCGAUAGGCAAGCACACUUCCUUCUGGUACCUCACUGAGGAGAAGCUGAUUCAGAAACUGACGGAGAAUAAAAAAGAAAAAAGGAAAGGGCAUGUAACAGUUGCAUGCCGCCAUUAGCUAUGUGAGCCUUAUUACUGAACUAAAAAACUUGAAAUCACAAGGCACUUUAGUGAAGAUCAGUAGUCAUUGUUUUUUUCUUUCUCAUUGUUUGGUUAGAGCCUUAAAAGCCUGCCAUUUAACUUUAUUUUUAUAUUUUUAAUAUAAAAACCAGGAUGGUAUCCUUAAAACUGACAAUCAUUUAACUGACAAUUUUUAAGUGUAAUAAGAUCAAUAAUGUCUAAUGUUAUUAAAUGAAUGGAAAUGUUGAUUUUUGUGUAAUUGAUUAUUUAUGUUUGUACACAUUCUACAUGCUAUAUUGUGAAAGAUUUCAUUUAUCAUACAGUGAGCCAUCAACACAUUCAUAGUCACACCCAGGGGUGUCGCUGGGAGGGGCCCAGAACAAUGGUCUCUGGGGUCAGAAUCCCCCCAUCCCCCUGAACAUGAUUUUGAGGAGGCCCAGAAAAAAUCAGUGCAGUGGGCCCAGAAAUCCUAGCGACAUCACUGGUCACACCAUUAUGUUUUCUUCAGUGUUCAUGCUCAUGCACUUUACAUUUUGAUCAGAGGGGCACAUCCUGUCCAUGCGUGCAGUUCUUGGCAUGGACAAAGGUUAAACAGACUUGCAAUUCAAUCAUCGAAACAUGGGAGCAUGGAUCAAUAACAACUUGACCAUCUAACACCAACUCUCUUCGAUUUCUAUUCUAUCUAUGCUUUAUUCUUUGUAUUUUAUAUUUAUUAUUAAAAAAGAAAAAACUUGUGCUGCAUUAGACCAUCCGAGACCUGUCACAUCACUUACAUAUUGUUGCACUUUUGUUGGUUUGAUUGCUUCUAUUGUCCUCAUUUUAAGUCACUUUGCAUCUGAUAAUGCUUAAAUGU